AUGGCUGGUUCUGGACGACAGCUGAGAGCGGCCGAGCCCCCGGGAGAUGCUGAUGCCGAUGCAGAUGCAGAGGAGGAAGAUUCUGUUAAUGAAGUGGCAGUAGAAGACAUUCGUCCAAGGCCACAAGGAUCCUCUCCAGUUUAUGAGUAUCCCGUAGAAGAAGACUAUUUAAAGCUUCAAGAAGCAAACAAAAAACAUUCUACAGACAAAUCAAAGCAGAGUCAUCCACAGGAGACAAUGGAAGUGACCCUGAAAACAGAAGUGGAAGCUGGAGCUAGUGGUUUUAGUGUGAAAGGUGGAGGAAAUGAAGGAAUAUUUAUUAAAAAAGUACUUAAGGAAUCUCCUGCUUCAAAAGUAUUUAGUCUUAGAGAAGGUGAUCAGCUUCUAAGUGCUACAAUAUUUUUCGAUAAUAUCAAAUAUGAAGAUGCACUCAAGAUUCUCCAAUAUUCCGAGCCAUACAGAGUCCAAUUCAGCCUCAAAAGAAAAAUUGCCGUGCAAGAAGAUCUGGAACACUCUACAGGCCAGCAGAAAAAAGAAAGGAUAGGCCAGGAAAAAGAAUUCAGUGAGAGCAUUCCUGAAGAAACACUGCAUGUUUCAGGAAAAUCCAUUUCAGAAGAAGACAGGGAAACAUUAAUUGUAAGCCAAAGGGUAGGAAGAAGUAAGAGACCUAAAAAAGAUAGAUUAUCAUGGCCAAAAUUUCAAUCAAUCAAAAAUAAAAAGAUACUGAGGCACAGAAGAUCUCAUAGUACAUCAGAUGCGUAUGAGCCUGCUUUGCAGGACAUUUCCCCUACAAGCACGGACACAGAGUCUCAAUUUCCACAAGAGGUCCAUACCAAAGAGAAAAAAGGAAGCCAAAGGAAGCUGAAGUUCCCUAGCAUUGGAUUCAGAAUGCACAGGUCCAAACCAGAACCACAAGAGAAGCAAAAAAAAGAAAUAAAAACGACACUGAUCUCUGAAAGAGAAAAAAUAUAUAAAGAUGAUAUAAGCCUGGAAAAUCCCGAAAUCUUAACUGUUGAAUAUACCACAUCUCCUGCUUAUGAAAUGAAAAUGGGGGAGGGACAUGAAACUUUAACAAAAGACUUAAAAGAGAUUAAAAAUGGCAUUCCAUCUCAUGUAAAACAAUGCCCUGAAGUUGAAAUAAGCAUUAAAAAAGACAAGGAAGCAACAUCAAAAUUUAGUGUACCUGAAGUACCAGACAUAACAACAGAGAUACCAAAGCCUAGUUUAGAAACUGCUGAUCUGAAAGUAAGCCCAACUAAAAAAUCACCACAAGUCUCAUCAAAAUCCCGAAAAAAGAAACAGAAAGGAACAGCAGAUAAAAAAGAUGGAGAAGGUGGAAUUAACAUAGACUUGAUGGGUCACAAUAUAAAAGGAUCUGUACAGGUAAAAGGCCUAGAAAUUGGCACAGCUAAAGCAGAAUUACAGACACCUGACACACUGGAAACAGGAGAAAAACAAGCAGAAGACACACAAAUACUAAAUAUUCAGAAAAUAAACUAUGGCGUUUCAGUGUCCGAAAGAGUAGAGACAGAGACGGACACUACCAAACAGGGAAGUGACGUUCCAGAAAAAACAGCUGAUAUGACUUCAGAGGACAAUAGGAAUUUCAAUGUGAAAACUGUUAUACCAGAUGCAGAAUCAGACACAUCUACUUGGAAAAUACAAAUGCCGUCAUUCAAAGUGACCAAAGCACCUAAGACUGACAUGAAAAUAGCAAGAGAAGAAAGCAAAGAGGACACAGAAGAUAGUGUAACAAAGGAAAGGAUGGAGGAAGAUGGCAUACCCACAAAUGACAAGGCCUUAAAUAGGGAAAUUGGAAUGAAGAGAGGAGAAAAAGAUAUGGAGGGGAAAGAAAGCAAAUUCAGACUGCCAAAGUUAAAAUUCCCUACAUUUACCUGGUCAGUUAACAAGGAAGAAACUGACCAGCCUGAAGCACAGAUAAGUGAAAAAAUAACACAACCUGACAUCAAAGCUCCCAAGGUGGACAUCAGCCUGCCCUCCGUCGACGUCACCCUUCCGCAGGCGGAGCUCAAGGCCGCCGAUGCCGACAUCACUGUCACGGCCCCUGACGUCAAGCUGCCCUCGGUCGAAGGCUCCCUCGAGCUGCAGGCGCCCGACGUAGACCUCAAAGCGCCCUCCGCCGAAGGCAAGCUGGAGCUGGAAGGCACGGGCCUGAAAGGCAAGCUCAAGAUGCCCAAGUUUGACAAGCCCAAAUUCACAGUGUCCUCCCCCAAGGCCGAGGCGCCCACAGCCGAGGUCAGCCUGCCCAGCGCAGAGCUCGACCUCCCCUCCGCCUCCGUGACGGCUGCAGGGGAGGGCACCGGCGUGAAGCUGGAGAAGCCCUCCCUCAAGAUGCCCAAAGCCGACAUCAAAGCUCCCAAGGUGGACAUCAGCCUGCCCUCCGUCGACGUCACCCUUCCGCAGGCCAGCGUCGACCUGCAGGCGCCCGAGGCCACUCUUAGCCUUGAGGGAGAUGCCAAAGUCCCAGAGAAGGAGGCCGCCAAGACCAAGGACGGCAAGUUCAAGAUGCCCAAGUUCGGCAUGCCUUCCUUUGGCUGGUCCAGCAGCAGAGAGCCCAAGGGCACCGUGGCCGCCGAGGUGGACGUCAGCCUCCAGAAGCCUGAAGUUACACUGCCUUCCGGAGCCGCCGAAGUGGAGGUGACCCUGCCCGCGGCCGAUAUCCAAGCGCCCGGAGUGGAGGUGACCGUGGAGACGCCCACGGUAACAGCAGAGGGUGAGAAAGGCCGAUUCAAGAUGCCCGACGUCAAGAUGCCCAGCGUCAAGCUGCCCAAAGUCAAAGCUCCCCAGGCGCAGGUCAGCCUGCCCAAGGCCGAGGUCUCGCUGCCCAAGGGCCAGGAGGGCGAAGUCGCCCUGCAGGGCCCCGAGGCCGAAGCCAGCCUGGAGGUGGCCGCUGGCAAAGCUGAGGGCGGCGGCAUGAAAAUACACAUGCCCAAAGUCAAGGUGCCCAGCGUGGUCUUCUCCAAGCCCACCGUCAAGACUCCCAAACUGGACGCAGACGUCAGCCUCCCGCAGGCGGAGCUCAAGGCCGCCGAUGCCGACAUCACUGUCACGGCCCCUGACGUCAAGCUGCCCUCGGUCGAAGGCUCCCUCGAGCUGCAGGCGCCCGACGUAGACCUCAAAGCGCCCUCCGCCGAAGGCAAGCUGGAGCUGGAAGGCACGGGCCUGAAAGGCAAGCUCAAGAUGCCCAAGUUUGACAAGCCCAAAUACACAGUGUCCUCCCCCAAGGCCGAGGCGCCCACAGCCGAGGUCAGCCUGCCCAGCGCAGAGCUCGAACUCCCCUCCGCCACCGUGACGGCUGCAGGGGAGGGCACCGGCCUCGACCUCCCCUCCGCCUCCGUGACGGCUGCAGGGGAGGGCACCGGCGUGAAGCUGGAGAAGCCCUCCCUCAAGAUGCCCAAAGCCGACAUCAAAGCUCCCAAGGUGGACAUCAGCCUGCCCUCCGUCGACGUCACCCUUCCGCAGGCCAGCGUCGACCUGCAGGCGCCCGAGGCCACUCUUAGCCUUGAGGGAGAUGCCAAAGUCCCAGAGAAGGAGGCCGCCAAGACCAAGGACGGCAAGUUCAAGAUGCCCAAGUUUGGCAUGCCUUCCUUUGGCUGGUCCAGCAGCAGAGAGCCCAAGGGCACCGUGGCCGCCGAGGUGGACGUCAGCCUCCAGAAGCCUGAAGUUACACUGCCUUCCGGAGCCGCCGAAGUGGAGGUGACCCUGCCCGCGGCCGAUAUCCAAGCGCCCGGAGUGGAGGUGACCGUGGAGACGCCCACGGUAACAGCAGAGGGUGAGAAAGGCCGAUUCAAGAUGCCCGACGUCAAGAUGCCCAGCGUCAAGCUGCCCAAAGUCAAAGCUCCCCAGGCGCAGGUCAGCCUGCCCAAGGCCGAGGUCUCGCUGCCCAAGGGCCAGGAGGGCGAAGUCGCCCUGCAGGGCCCCGAGGCCGAAGCCAGCCUGGAGGUGGCCGCUGGCAAAGCUGAGGGCGGCGGCAUGAAAAUACACAUGCCCAAAGUCAAGGUGCCCAGCGUGGUCUUCUCCAAGCCCACCGUCAAGACUCCCAAACUGGACGCAGACGUCAGCCUCCCGCAGGCGGAGCUCAAGGCCGCCGAUGCCGACAUCACUGUCACGGCCCCUGACGUCAAGCUGCCCUCGGUCGAAGGCUCCCUCGAGCUGCAGGCGCCCGACGUAGACCUCAAAGCGCCCUCCGCCGAAGGCAAGCUGGAGCUGGAAGGCACGGGCCUGAAAGGCAAGCUCAAGAUGCCCAAGUUUGACAAGCCCAAAUACACAGUGUCCUCCCCCAAGGCCGAGGCGCCCACAGCCGAGGUCAGCCUGCCCAGCGCAGAGCUCGAACUCCCCUCCGCCACCGUGACGGCUGCAGGGGAGGGCACCGGCCUCGACCUCCCCUCCGCCUCCGUGACGGCUGCAGGGGAGGGCACCGGCGUGAAGCUGGAGAAGCCCUCCCUCAAGAUGCCCAAAGCCGACAUCAAAGCUCCCAAGGUGGACAUCAGCCUGCCCUCCGUCGACGUCACCCUUCCGCAGGCCAGCGUCGACCUGCAGGCGCCCGAGGCCACUCUUAGCCUUGAGGGAGAUGCCAAAGUCCCAGAGAAGGAGGCCGCCAAGACCAAGGACGGCAAGUUCAAGAUGCCCAAGUUUGGCAUGCCUUCCUUUGGCUGGUCCAGCAGCAGAGAGCCCAAGGGCACCGUGGCCGCCGAGGUGGACGUCAGCCUCCAGAAGCCUGAAGUUACACUGCCUUCCGGAGCCGCCGAAGUGGAGGUGACCCUGCCCGCGGCCGAUAUCCAAGCGCCCGGAGUGGAGGUGACCGUGGAGACGCCCACGGUAACAGCAGAGGGUGAGAAAGGCCGAUUCAAGAUGCCCGACGUCAAGAUGCCCAGCGUCAAGCUGCCCAAAGUCAAAGCUCCCCAGGCGCAGGUCAGCCUGCCCAAGGCCGAGGUCUCGCUGCCCAAGGGCCAGGAGGGCGAAGUCGCCCUGCAGGGCCCCGAGGCCGAAGCCAGCCUGGAGGUGGCCGCUGGCAAAGCUGAGGGCGGCGGCAUGAAAAUACACAUGCCCAAAGUCAAGGUGCCCAGCGUGGUCUUCUCCAAGCCCACCGUCAAGACUCCCAAACUGGACGCAGACGUCAGCCUCCCGCAGGCGGAGCUCAAGGCCGCCGAUGCCGACAUCACUGUCACGGCCCCUGACGUCAAGCUGCCCUCGGUCGAAGGCUCCCUCGAGCUGCAGGCGCCCGACGUAGACCUCAAAGCGCCCUCCGUCGAAGGCAAGCUGGAGCUGGAAGGCACGGGCCUGAAAGGCAAGCUCAAGAUGCCCAAGUUUGACAAGCCCAAAUACACAGUGUCCUCCCCCAAGGCCGAGGCGCCCACAGCCGAGGUCAGCCUGCCCAGUGCAGAGCUCGACCUCCCCUCCGCCUCCGUGACGGCUGCAGGGGAGGGCACCGGCCUCGACCUCCCCUCCGCCACUGUGACGGCUGCAGGGGAGGGCACCGGCGUGAAGCUGGAGAAGCCCUCCCUCAAGAUGCCCAAAGCCGACAUCAAAGCUCCCAAGGUGGACAUCAGCCUGCCCUCCGUCGACGUCACCCUUCCGCAGGCCAGCGUCGACCUGCAGGCGCCCGAGGCCACUCUUAGCCUUGAGGGAGAUGCCAAAGUCCCAGAGAAGGAGGCUGCCAAGACCAAGGACGGCAAGUUCAAGAUGCCCAAGUUCGGCAUGCCUUCCUUUGGCUGGUCCAGCAGCAGAGAGCCCAAGGGCACCGUGGCCGCCGAGGUGGACGUCAGCCUCCAGAAGCCUGAAGUUACACUGCCUUCCGGAGCCGCCGAAGUGGAGGUGACCCUGCCCGCAGCCGAUAUCCAAGCGCCCGGAGUGGAGGUGACCGUGGAGACGCCCACGGUAACAGCAGAGGGUGAGAAAGGCCGAUUCAAGAUGCCCGACGUCAAGAUGCCCAGCGUCAAGCUGCCCAAAGUCAAAGCUCCCCAGGCGCAGGUCAGCCUGCCCAAGGCCGAGGUCUCGCUGCCCAAGGGCCAGGAGGGCGAAGUCGCCCUGCAGGGCCCCGAGGCCGAAGCCAGCCUGGAGGUGGCCGCUGGCAAAGCUGAGGGCGGCGGCAUGAAAAUACACAUGCCCAAAGUCAAGGUGCCCAGCGUGGUCUUCUCCAAGCCCACCGUCAAGACUCCCAAACUGGACGCAGACGUCAGCCUCCCGCAGGCAGAGCUCAAGGCCGCCGAUGCCGACAUCACUGUCACGGCCCCUGACGUCAAGCUGCCCUCGGUCGAAGGCUCCCUCGAGCUGCAGGCGCCCGACGUAGACCUCAAAGCGCCCUCCGCCGAAGGCAAGCUGGAGCUGGAAGGCACGGGCCUGAAAGGCAAGCUCAAGAUGCCCAAGUUUGACAAGCCCAAAUUCACAGUGUCCUCCCCCAAGGCCGAGGCGCCCACAGCCGAGGUCAGCCUGCCCAGCGCAGAGCUCGACCUCCCCUCCGCCUCCGUGACGGCUGCAGGGGAGGGCACCGGCCUCGACCUCCCCUCCGCCUCCGUGACGGCUGCAGGGGAGGGCACCGGCGUGAAGCUGGAGAAGCCCUCCCUCAAGAUGCCCAAAGCCGACAUCAAAGCUCCCAAGGUGGACAUCAGCCUGCCCUCCGUCGACGUCACCCUUCCGCAGGCCAGCGUCGACCUGCAGGCGCCCGAGGCCACUCUUAGCCUUGAGGGAGAUGCCAAAGUCCCAGAGAAGGAGGCCGCCAAGACCAAGGACGGCAAGUUCAAGAUGCCCAAGUUCGGCAUGCCUUCCUUUGGCUGGUCCAGCAGCAGAGAGCCCAAGGGCACCGUGGCCGCCGAGGUGGACGUCAGCCUCCAGAAGCCUGAAGUUACACUGCCUUCCGGAGCCGCCGAAGUGGAGGUGACCCUGCCCGCGGCCGAUAUCCAAGCGCCCGGAGUGGAGGUGACCGUGGAGACGCCCACGGUAACAGCAGAGGGUGAGAAAGGCCGAUUCAAGAUGCCCGACGUCAAGAUGCCCAGCGUCAAGCUGCCCAAAGUCAAAGCUCCCCAGGCGCAGGUCAGCCUGCCCAAGGCCGAGGUCUCGCUGCCCAAGGGCCAGGAGGGCGAAGUCGCCCUGCAGGGCCCCGAGGCCGAAGCCAGCCUGGAGGUGGCCGCUGGCAAAGCUGAGGGCGGCGGCAUGAAAAUACACAUGCCCAAAGUCAAGGUGCCCAGCGUGGUCUUCUCCAAGCCCACCGUCAAGACUCCCAAACUGGACGCAGACGUCAGCCUCCCGCAGGCGGAGCUCAAGGCCGCCGAUGCCGACAUCACUGUCACGGCCCCUGACGUCAAGCUGCCCUCGGUCGAAGGCUCCCUCGAGCUGCAGGCGCCCGACGUAGACCUCAAAGCGCCCUCCGCCGAAGGCAAGCUGGAGCUGGAAGGCACGGGCCUGAAAGGCAAGCUCAAGAUGCCCAAGUUUGACAAGCCCAAAUUCACAGUGUCCUCCCCCAAGGCCGAGGCGCCCACAGCCGAGGUCAGCCUGCCCAGCGCAGAGCUCGACCUCCCCUCCGCCUCCGUGACGGCUGCAGGGGAGGGCACCGGCCUCGACCUCCCCUCCGCCUCCGUGACGGCUGCAGGGGAGGGCACCGGCGUGAAGCUGGAGAAGCCCUCCCUCAAGAUGCCCAAAGCCGACAUCAAAGCUCCCAAGGUGGACAUCAGCCUGCCCUCCGUCGACGUCACCCUUCCGCAGGCCAGCGUCGACCUGCAGGCGCCCGAGGCCACUCUUAGCCUUGAGGGAGAUGCCAAAGUCCCAGAGAAGGAGGCCGCCAAGACCAAGGACGGCAAGUUCAAGAUGCCCAAGUUCGGCAUGCCUUCCUUUGGCUGGUCCAGCAGCAGAGAGCCCAAGGGCACCGUGGCCGCCGAGGUGGACGUCAGCCUCCAGAAGCCUGAAGUUACACUGCCUUCCGGAGCCGCCGAAGUGGAGGUGACCCUGCCCGCGGCCGAUAUCCAAGCGCCCGGAGUGGAGGUGACCGUGGAGACGCCCACGGUAACAGCAGAGGGUGAGAAAGGCCGAUUCAAGAUGCCCGACGUCAAGAUGCCCAGCGUCAAGCUGCCCAAAGUCAAAGCUCCCCAGGCGCAGGUCAGCCUGCCCAAGGCCGAGGUCUCGCUGCCCAAGGGCCAGGAGGGCGAAGUCGCCCUGCAGGGCCCCGAGGCCGAAGCCAGCCUGGAGGUGGCCGCUGGCAAAGCUGAGGGCGGCGGCAUGAAAAUACACAUGCCCAAAGUCAAGGUGCCCAGCGUGGUCUUCUCCAAGCCCACCGUCAAGACUCCCAAACUGGACGCAGACGUCAGCCUCCCGCAGGCGGAGCUCAAGGCCGCCGAUGCCGACAUCACUGUCACGGCCCCUGACGUCAAGCUGCCCUCGGUCGAAGGCUCCCUCGAGCUGCAGGCGCCCGACGUAGACCUCAAAGCGCCCUCCGCCGAAGGCAAGCUGGAGCUGGAAGGCACGGGCCUGAAAGGCAAGCUCAAGAUGCCCAAGUUUGACAAGCCCAAAUACACAGUGUCCUCCCCCAAGGCCGAGGCGCCCACAGCCGAGGUCAGCCUGCCCAGCGCAGAGCUCGACCUCCCCUCCGCCACCGUGACGGCUGCAGGGGAGGGCACCGGCCUCGACCUCCCCUCCGCCUCCGUGACGGCUGCAGGGGAGGGCACCGGCGUGAAGCUGGAGAAGCCCUCCCUCAAGAUGCCCAAAGCCGACAUCAAAGCUCCCAAGGUGGACAUCAGCCUGCCCUCCGUCGACGUCACCCUUCCGCAGGCCAGCGUCGACCUGCAGGCGCCCGAGGCCACUCUUAGCCUUGAGGGAGAUGCCAAAGUCCCAGAGAAGGAGGCCGCCAAGACCAAGGACGGCAAGUUCAAGAUGCCCAAGUUCGGCAUGCCUUCCUUUGGCUGGUCCAGCAGCAGAGAGCCCAAGGGCACCGGGGCCGCCGAGGUGGACGUCAGCCUCCAGAAGCCUGAAGUUACACUGCCUUCUGGAGCCGCCGAAGUGGAGGUGACCCUGCCCGCGGCCGAUAUCCAAGCGCCCGGAGUGGAGGUGACCGUGGAGACGCCCACGGUAACAGCAGAGGGUGAGAAAGGCCGAUUCAAGAUGCCCGACGUCAAGAUGCCCAGCGUCAAGCUGCCCAAAGUCAAAGCUCCCCAGGCGCAGGUCAGCCUGCCCAAGGCCGAGGUCUCGCUGCCCAAGGGCCUGGAGGGCGAAGUCGCCCUGCAGGGCCCCGAGGCCGAAGCCAGCCUGGAGGUGGCCGCUGGCAAAGCUGAGGGCGGCGGCAUGAAAAUACACAUGCCCAAAGUCAAGGUGCCCAGCGUGGUCUUCUCCAAGCCCACCGUCAAGACUCCCAAACUGGACGCAGACGUCAGCCUCCCGCAGGCGGAGCUCAAGGCCGCCGAUGCCGACAUCACUGUCACGGCCCCUGACGUCAAGCUGCCCUCGGUCGAAGGCUCCCUCGAGCUGCAGGCGCCCGACGUAGACCUCAAAGCGCCCUCCGCCGAAGGCAAGCUGGAGCUGGAAGGCACGGGCCUGAAAGGCAAGCUCAAGAUGCCCAAGUUUGACAAGCCCAAAUUCACAGUGUCCUCCCCCAAGGCCGAGGCGCCCACAGCCGAGGUCAGCCUGCCCAGCGCAGAGCUCGACCUCCCCUCCGCCUCCGUGACGGCUGCAGGGGAGGGCACCGGCGUGAAGCUGGAGAAGCCCUCCCUCAAGAUGCCCAAAGCCGACAUCAAAGCUCCCAAGGUGGACAUCAGCCUGCCCUCCGUCGACGUCACCCUUCCGCAGGCCAGCGUCGACCUGCAGGCGCCCGAGGCCACUCUUAGCCUUGAGGGAGAUGCCAAAGUCCCAGAGAAGGAGGCCGCCAAGACCAAGGACGGCAAGUUCAAGAUGCCCAAGUUCGGCAUGCCUUCCUUUGGCUGGUCCAGCAGCAGAGAGCCCAAGGGCACCGUGGCCGCCGAGGUGGACGUCAGCCUCCAGAAGCCUGAAGUUACACUGCCUUCCGGAGCCGCCGAAGUGGAGGUGACCCUGCCCGCGGCCGAUAUCCAAGCGCCCGGAGUGGAGGUGACCGUGGAGACGCCCACGGUAACAGCAGAGGGUGAGAAAGGCCGAUUCAAGAUGCCCGACGUCAAGAUGCCCAGCGUCAAGCUGCCCAAAGUCAAAGCUCCCCAGGCGCAGGUCAGCCUGCCCAAGGCCGAGGUCUCGCUGCCCAAGGGCCAGGAGGGCGAAGUCGCCCUGCAGGGCCCCGAGGCCGAAGCCAGCCUGGAGGUGGCCGCUGGCAAAGCUGAGGGCGGCGGCAUGAAAAUACACAUGCCCAAAGUCAAGGUGCCCAGCGUGGUCUUCUCCAAGCCCACCGUCAAGACUCCCAAACUGGACGCAGACGUCAGCCUCCCGCAGGCGGAGCUCAAGGCCGCCGAUGCCGACAUCACUGUCACGGCCCCUGACGUCAAGCUGCCCUCGGUCGAAGGCUCCCUCGAGCUGCAGGCGCCCGACGUAGACCUCAAAGCGCCCUCCGCCGAAGGCAAGCUGGAGCUGGAAGGCACGGGCCUGAAAGGCAAGCUCAAGAUGCCCAAGUUUGACAAGCCCAAAUUCACAGUGUCCUCCCCCAAGGCCGAGGCGCCCACAGCCGAGGUCAGCCUGCCCAGCGCAGAGCUCGACCUCCCCUCCGCCUCCGUGACGGCUGCAGGGGAGGGCACCGGCCUCGACCUCCCCUCCGCCUCCGUGACGGCUGCAGGGGAGGGCACCGGCGUGAAGCUGGAGAAGCCCUCCCUCAAGAUGCCCAAAGCCGACAUCAAAGCUCCCAAGGUGGACAUCAGCCUGCCCUCCGUCGACGUCACCCUUCCGCAGGCCAGCGUCGACCUGCAGGCGCCCGAGGCCACUCUUAGCCUUGAGGGAGAUGCCAAAGUCCCAGAGAAGGAGGCCGCCAAGACCAAGGACGGCAAGUUCAAGAUGCCCAAGUUCGGCAUGCCUUCCUUUGGCUGGUCCAGCAGCAGAGAGCCCAAGGGCACCGUGGCCGCCGAGGUGGACGUCAGCCUCCAGAAGCCUGAAGUUACACUGCCUUCCGGAGCCGCCGAAGUGGAGGUGACCCUGCCCGCGGCCGAUAUCCAAGCGCCCGGAGUGGAGGUGACCGUGGAGACGCCCACGGUAACAGCAGAGGGUGAGAAAGGCCGAUUCAAGAUGCCCGACGUCAAGAUGCCCAGCGUCAAGCUGCCCAAAGUCAAAGCUCCCCAGGCGCAGGUCAGCCUGCCCAAGGCCGAGGUCUCGCUGCCCAAGGGCCAGGAGGGCGAAGUCGCCCUGCAGGGCCCCGAGGCCGAAGCCAGCCUGGAGGUGGCCGCUGGCAAAGCUGAGGGCGGCGGCAUGAAAAUACACAUGCCCAAAGUCAAGGUGCCCAGCGUGGUCUUCUCCAAGCCCACCGUCAAGACUCCCAAACUGGACGCAGACGUCAGCCUCCCGCAGGCGGAGCUCAAGGCCGCCGAUGCCGACAUCACUGUCACGGCCCCUGACGUCAAGCUGCCCUCGGUCGAAGGCUCCCUCGAGCUGCAGGCGCCCGACGUAGACCUCAAAGCGCCCUCCGCCGAAGGCAAGCUGGAGCUGGAAGGCACGGGCCUGAAAGGCAAGCUCAAGAUGCCCAAGUUUGACAAGCCCAAAUACACAGUGUCCUCCCCCAAGGCCGAGGCGCCCACAGCCGAGGUCAGCCUGCCCAGCGCAGAGCUCGACCUCCCCUCCGCCACCGUGACGGCUGCAGGGGAGGGCACCGGCCUCGACCUCCCCUCCGCCUCCGUGACGGCUGCAGGGGAGGGCACCGGCGUGAAGCUGGAGAAGCCCUCCCUCAAGAUGCCCAAAGCCGACAUCAAAGCUCCCAAGGUGGACAUCAGCCUGCCCUCCGUCGACGUCACCCUUCCGCAGGCCAGCGUCGACCUGCAGGCGCCCGAGGCCACUCUUAGCCUUGAGGGAGAUGCCAAAGUCCCAGAGAAGGAGGCCGCCAAGACCAAGGACGGCAAGUUCAAGAUGCCCAAGUUCGGCAUGCCUUCCUUUGGCUGGUCCAGCAGCAGAGAGCCCAAGGGCACCGGGGCCGCCGAGGUGGACGUCAGCCUCCAGAAGCCUGAAGUUACACUGCCUUCUGGAGCCGCCGAAGUGGAGGUGACCCUGCCCGCGGCCGAUAUCCAAGCGCCCGGAGUGGAGGUGACCGUGGAGACGCCCACGGUAACAGCAGAGGGUGAGAAAGGCCGAUUCAAGAUGCCCGACGUCAAGAUGCCCAGCGUCAAGCUGCCCAAAGUCAAAGCUCCCCAGGCGCAGGUCAGCCUGCCCAAGGCCGAGGUCUCGCUGCCCAAGGGCCAGGAGGGCGAAGUCGCCCUGCAGGGCCCCGAGGCCGAAGCCAGCCUGGAGGUGGCCGCUGGCAAAGCUGAGGGCGGCGGCAUGAAAAUACACAUGCCCAAAGUCAAGGUGCCCAGCGUGGUCUUCUCCAAGCCCACCGUCAAGACUCCCAAACUGGACGCAGACGUCAGCCUCCCGCAGGCGGAGCUCAAGGCCGCCGAUGCCGACAUCACUGUCACGGCCCCUGACGUCAAGCUGCCCUCGGUCGAAGGCUCCCUCGAGCUGCAGGCGCCCGACGUAGACCUCAAAGCGCCCUCCGCCGAAGGCAAGCUGGAGCUGGAAGGCACGGGCCUGAAAGGCAAGCUCAAGAUGCCCAAGUUUGACAAGCCCAAAUUCACAGUGUCCUCCCCCAAGGCCGAGGCGCCCACAGCCGAGGUCAGCCUGCCCAGCGCAGAGCUCGACCUCCCCUCCGCCACCGUGACGGCUGCAGGGGAGGGCACCGGCGUGAAGCUGGAGAAGCCCUCCCUCAAGAUGCCCAAAGCCGACAUCAAAGCUCCCAAGGUGGACAUCAGCCUGCCCUCCGUCGACGUCACCCUUCCGCAGGCCAGCGUCGACCUGCAGGCGCCCGAGGCCACUCUUAGCCUUGAGGGAGAUGCCAAAGUCCCAGAGAAGGAGGCCGCCAAGACCAAGGACGGCAAGUUCAAGAUGCCCAAGUUCGGCAUGCCUUCCUUUGGCUGGUCCAGCAGCAGAGAGCCCAAGGGCACCGUGGCCGCCGAGGUGGACGUCAGCCUCCAGAAGCCUGAAGUUACACUGCCUUCCGGAGCCGCCGAAGUGGAGGUGACCCUGCCCGCGGCCGAUAUCCAAGCGCCCGGAGUGGAGGUGACCGUGGAGACGCCCACGGUAACAGCAGAGGGUGAGAAAGGCCGAUUCAAGAUGCCCGACGUCAAGAUGCCCAGCGUCAAGCUGCCCAAAGUCAAAGCUCCCCAGGCGCAGGUCAGCCUGCCCAAGGCCGAGGUCUCGCUGCCCAAGGGCCAGGAGGGCGAAGUCGCCCUGCAGGGCCCCGAGGCCGAAGCCAGCCUGGAGGUGGCCGCUGGCAAAGCUGAGGGCGGCGGCAUGAAAAUACACAUGCCCAAAGUCAAGGUGCCCAGCGUGGUCUUCUCCAAGCCCACCGUCAAGACUCCCAAACUGGACGCAGACGUCAGCCUCCCGCAGGCGGAGCUCAAGGCCGCCGAUGCCGACAUCACUGUCACGGCCCCUGACGUCAAGCUGCCCUCGGUCGAAGGCUCCCUCGAGCUGCAGGCGCCCGACGUAGACCUCAAAGCGCCCUCCGCCGAAGGCAAGCUGGAGCUGGAAGGCACGGGCCUGAAAGGCAAGCUCAAGAUGCCCAAGUUUGACAAGCCCAAAUUCACAGUGUCCUCCCCCAAGGCCGAGGCGCCCACAGCCGAGGUCAGCCUGCCCAGCGCAGAGCUCGACCUCCCCUCCGCCUCCGUGACGGCUGCAGGGGAGGGCACCGGCGUGAAGCUGGAGAAGCCCUCCCUCAAGAUGCCCAAAGCCGACAUCAAAGCUCCCAAGGUGGACAUCAGCCUGCCCUCCGUCGACGUCACCCUUCCGCAGGCCAGCGUCGACCUGCAGGCGCCCGAGGCCACUCUUAGCCUUGAGGGAGAUGCCAAAGUCCCAGAGAAGGAGGCCGCCAAGACCAAGGACGGCAAGUUCAAGAUGCCCAAGUUCGGCAUGCCUUCCUUUGGCUGGUCCAGCAGCAGAGAGCCCAAGGGCACCGGGGCCGCCGAGGUGGACGUCAGCCUCCAGAAGCCUGAAGUUACACUGCCUUCUGGAGCCGCCGAAGUGGAGGUGACCCUGCCCGCGGCCGAUAUCCAAGCGCCCGGAGUGGAGGUGACCGUGGAGACGCCCACGGUAACAGCAGAGGGUGAGAAAGGCCGAUUCAAGAUGCCCGACGUCAAGAUGCCCAGCGUCAAGCUGCCCAAAGUCAAAGCUCCCCAGGCGCAGGUCAGCCUGCCCAAGGCCGAGGUCUCGCUGCCCAAGGGCCAGGAGGGCGAAGUCGCCCUGCAGGGCCCCGAGGCCGAAGCCAGCCUGGAGGUGGCCGCUGGCAAAGCUGAGGGCGGCGGCAUGAAAAUACACAUGCCCAAAGUCAAGGUGCCCAGCGUGGUCUUCUCCAAGCCCACCGUCAAGACUCCCAAACUGGACGCAGACGUCAGCCUCCCGCAGGCGGAGCUCAAGGCCGCCGAUGCCGACAUCACUGUCACGGCCCCUGACGUCAAGCUGCCCUCGGUCGAAGGCUCCCUCGAGCUGCAGGCGCCCGACGUAGACCUCAAAGCGCCCUCCGCCGAAGGCAAGCUGGAGCUGGAAGGCACGGGCCUGAAAGGCAAGCUCAAGAUGCCCAAGUUUGACAAGCCCAAAUUCACAGUGUCCUCCCCCAAGGCCGAGGCGCCCACAGCCGAGGUCAGCCUGCCCAGCGCAGAGCUCGACCUCCCCUCCGCCACCGUGACGGCUGCAGGGGAGGGCACCGGCCUCGACCUCCCCUCCGCCUCCGUGACGGCUGCAGGGGAGGGCACCGGCGUGAAGCUGGAGAAGCCCUCCCUCAAGAUGCCCAAAGCCGACAUCAAAGCUCCCAAGGUGGACAUCAGCCUGCCCUCCGUCGACGUCACCCUUCCGCAGGCCAGCGUCGACCUGCAGGCGCCCGAGGCCACUCUUAGCCUUGAGGGAGAUGCCAAAGUCCCAGAGAAGGAGGCCGCCAAGACCAAGGACGGCAAGUUCAAGAUGCCCAAGUUCGGCAUGCCUUCCUUUGGCUGGUCCAGCAGCAGAGAGCCCAAGGGCACCGGGGCCGCCGAGGUGGACGUCAGCCUCCAGAAGCCUGAAGUUACACUGCCUUCCGGAGCCGCCGAAGUGGAGGUGACCCUGCCCGCGGCCGAUAUCCAAGCGCCCGGAGUGGAGGUGACCGUGGAGACGCCCACGGUAACAGCAGAGGGUGAGAAAGGCCGAUUCAAGAUGCCCGACGUCAAGAUGCCCAGCGUCAAGCUGCCCAAAGUCAAAGCUCCCCAGGCGCAGGUCAGCCUGCCCACGGCCGAGGUCUCGCUGCCCAAGGGCCAGGAGGGCGAAGUCGCCCUGCAGGGCCCCGAGGCCGAAGCCAGCCUGGAGGUGGCCGCUGGCAAAGCUGAGGGCGGCGGCAUGAAAAUACACAUGCCCAAAGUCAAGGUGCCCAGCGUGGUCUUCUCCAAGCCCACCGUCAAGACUCCCAAACUGGACGCAGACGUCAGCCUCCCGCAGGCGGAGCUCAAGGCCGCCGAUGCCGACAUCACUGUCACGGCCCCUGACGUCAAGCUGCCCUCGGUCGAAGGCUCCCUCGAGCUGCAGGCGCCCGACGUAGACCUCAAAGCGCCCUCCGCCGAAGGCAAGCUGGAGCUGGAAGGCACGGGCCUGAAAGGCAAGCUCAAGAUGCCCAAGUUUGACAAGCCCAAAUUCACAGUGUCCUCCCCCAAGGCCGAGGCGCCCACAGCCGAGGUCAGCCUGCCCAGCGCAGAGCUCGACCUCCCCUCCGCCUCCGUGACGGCUGCAGGGGAGGGCACCGGCGUGAAGCUGGAGAAGCCCUCCCUCAAGAUGCCCAAAGCCGACAUCAAAGCUCCCAAGGUGGACAUCAGCCUGCCCUCCGUCGACGUCACCCUUCCGCAGGCCAGCGUCGACCUGCAGGCGCCCGAGGCCACUCUUAGCCUUGAGGGAGAUGCCAAAGUCCCAGAGAAGGAGGCCGCCAAGACCAAGGACGGCAAGUUCAAGAUGCCCAAGUUCGGCAUGCCUUCCUUUGGCUGGUCCAGCAGCAGAGAGCCCAAGGGCACCGGGGCCGCCGAGGUGGACGUCAGCCUCCAGAAGCCUGAAGUUACACUGCCUUCCGGAGCCGCCGAAGUGGAGGUGACCCUGCCCGCGGCCGAUAUCCAAGCGCCCGGAGUGGAGGUGACCGUGGAGACGCCCACGGUAACAGCAGAGGGUGAGAAAGGCCGAUUCAAGAUGCCCGACGUCAAGAUGCCCAGCGUCAAGCUGCCCAAAGUCAAAGCUCCCCAGGCGCAGGUCAGCCUGCCCAAGGCCGAGGUCUCGCUGCCCAAGGGCCAGGAGGGCGAAGUCGCCCUGCAGGGCCCCGAGGCCGAAGCCAGCCUGGAGGUGGCCGCUGGCAAAGCUGAGGGCGGCGGCAUGAAAAUACACAUGCCCAAAGUCAAGGUGCCCAGCGUGGUCUUCUCCAAGCCCACCGUCAAGACUCCCAAACUGGAUGCAGACGUCAGCCUCCCGCAGGCGGAGCUCAAGGCCGCCGAUGCCGACAUCACUGUCACGACCCCUGACGUCAAGCUGCCCUCGGUCGAAGGCUCCCUCGAGCUGCAGGCGCCCGACGUAGACCUCAAAGCGCCCUCCGCCGAAGGCAAGCUGGAGCUGGAAGGCACGGGCCUGAAAGGCAAGCUCAAGAUGCCCAAGUUUGACAAGCCCAAAUUCACAGUGUCCUCCCCCAAGGCCGAGGCGCCCACAGCCGAGGUCAGCCUGCCCAGCGCAGAGCUCGACCUCCCCUCCGCCACCGUGACGGCUGCAGGGGAGGGCACCGGCGUGAAGCUGGAGAAGCCCUCCCUCAAGAUGCCCAAAGCCGACAUCAAAGCUCCCAAGGUGGACAUCAGCCUGCCCUCCGUCGACGUCACCCUUCCGCAGGCCAGCGUCGACCUGCAGGCGCCCGAGGCCACUCUUAGCCUUGAGGGAGAUGCCAAAGUCCCAGAGAAGGAGGCCGCCAAGACCAAGGACGGCAAGUUCAAGAUGCCCAAGUUCGGCAUGCCUUCCUUUGGCUGGUCCAGCAGCAGAGAGCCCAAGGGCACCGUGGCCGCCGAGGUGGACGUCAGCCUCCAGAAGCCUGAAGUUACACUGCCUUCCGGAGCCGCCGAAGUGGAGGUGACCCUGCCCGCGGCCGAUAUCCAAGCGCCCGGAGUGGAGGUGACCGUGGAGACGCCCACGGUAACAGCAGAGGGUGAGAAAGGCCGAUUCAAGAUGCCCGACGUCAAGAUGCCCAGCGUCAAGCUGCCCAAAGUCAAAGCUCCCCAGGCGCAGGUCAGCCUGCCCAAGGCCGAGGUCUCGCUGCCCAAGGGCCUGGAGGGCGAAGUCGCCCUGCAGGGCCCCGAGGCUGAAGCCAGCCUGGAGGUGGCCGCUGGCAAAGCUGAGGGUGGCGGCAUGAAAAUACACAUGCCCAAAGUCAAGGUGCCCAGCGUGGUCUUCUCCAAGCCCACCGUCAAGACACCCAAACUGGAUGCAGACGUCAGCCUCCCGCAGGCAGAGCUCAAGGCCGCCGAUGCCGACAUCACUGUCACGGCCCCUGACGUCAAGCUGCCCUCGGUCGAAGGCUCCCUCGAGCUGCAGGCGCCCGACGUAGACCUCAAAGCGCCCUCCGCCGAGGGCAAGCUGGAGCUGGAAGGCACGGGCCUGAAAGGCAAGCUCAAGAUGCCCAAGUUUGACAAGCCCAAAUUCACAGUGUCCUCCCCCAAGGCCGAGACGCCCACAGCCGAGGUCAGCCUGCCCAGCGCAGAGCUCGACCUCCCCUCCGCCACCGUGACGGCUGCAGGGGAGGGCACCGGUGUGAAGCUGGAGAAGCCCUCCCUCAAGAUGCCCAAAGCCGACAUCAAAGCUCCCAAGGUGGACAUCAGCCUGCCCUCCGUCGACGUCACCCUUCCGCAGGCCAGCGUCGACCUGCAGGCGCCCGAGGCCACUCUUAGCCUUGAGGGAGAUGCCAAAGUCCCAGAGAAGGAGGCCGCCAAGACCAAGGACGGCAAGUUCAAGAUGCCCAAGUUCGGCAUGCCUUCCUUUGGCUGGUCCAGCAGCAGAGAGCCCAAGGGCACCGUGGCCGCCGAGGUGGACGUCAGCCUCCAGAAGCCUGACGUUACACUGCCUUCCGGAGCCGCCGAAGUGGAGGUGACCCUGCCCGCGGCCGAUAUCCAAGCGCCCGGAGUGGAGGUGACCGUGGAGACGCCCACGGUAACAGCAGAGGGUGAGAAAGGCCGAUUCAAGAUGCCCGACGUCAAGAUGCCCAGCGUCAAGCUGCCCAAAGUCAAAGCUCCCCAGGCGCAGGUCAGCCUGCCCAAGGCCGAGGUCUCGCUGCCCAAGGGCCAGGAGGGCGAAGUCGCCCUGCAGGGCCCCGAGGCUGAAGCCAGCCUGGAGGUGGCCGCUGGCAAAGCUGAGGGCGGCGGCAUGAAAAUACACAUGCCCAAAGUCAAGGUGCCCAGCGUGGUCUUCUCCAAGCCCACCGUCAAGACACCCAAACUGGAUGCAGACGUCAGCCUCCCGCAGGCAGAGCUCAAGGCCGCCGAUGCCGACAUCACUGUCACGGCCCCUGACGUCAAGCUGCCCUCGGUCGAAGGCUCCCUCGAGCUGCAGGCGCCCGACGUAGACCUCAAAGCGCCCUCCGCCGAAGGCAAGCUGGAGCUGGAAGGCACGGGCCUGAAAGGCAAGCUCAAGAUGCCCAAGUUUGACAAGCCCAAAUUCACAGUGUCCUCCCCCAAGGCCGAGGCGCCCACAGCCGAGGUCAGCCUGCCCAGCGCAGAGCUCGACCUCCCCUCCGCCUCCGUGACGGCUGCAGGGGAGGGCACCGGCGUGAAGCUGGAGAAGCCCUCCCUCAAGAUGCCCAAAGCCGACAUCAAAGCUCCCAAGGUGGACAUCAGCCUGCCCUCCGUCGACGUCACCCUUCCGCAGGCCAGCGUCGACCUGCAGGCGCCCGAGGCCACUCUUAGCCUUGAGGGAGAUGCCAAAGUCCCAGAGAAGGAGGCCACCAAGACCAAGGACGGCAAGUUCAAGAUGCCCAAGUUCGGCAUGCCUUCCUUUGGCUGGUCCAGCAGCAGAGAGCCCAAGGGCACCGUGGCCGCCGAGGUGGACGUCAGCCUCCAGAAGCCUGAAGUUACACUGCCUUCCGGAGCCGCCGAAGUGGAGGUGACCCUGCCCGCGGCCGAUAUCCAAGCGCCCGGAGUGGAGGUGACAGUGGAGACGCCCACGGUAACAGCAGAGGGUGAGAAAGGCCGAUUCAAGAUGCCCGACGUCAAGAUGCCCAGCGUCAAGCUGCCCAAAGUCAAAGCUCCCCAGGCGCAGGUCAGCCUGUCCAAGGCCGAGGUCUCGCUGCCCAAGGGCCAGGAGGGCGAAGUCGCCCUGCAGGGCCCCGAGGCCGAAGCCAGCCUGGAGGUGGCCGCUGGCAAAGCUGAGGGCGGCGGCAUGAAAAUACACAUGCCCAAAGUCAAGGUGCCCAGCGUGGUCUUCUCCAAGCCCACCGUCAAGACUCCCAAACUGGACGCAGACGUCAGCCUCCCGCAGGCGGAGCUCAAGGCCGCCGAUGCCGACAUCACUGUCACGGCCCCUGACGUCAAGCUGCCCUCGGUCGAAGGCUCCCUCGAGCUGCAGGCGCCCGACGUAGACCUCAAAGCGCCCUCCGCCGAAGGCAAGCUGGAGCUGGAAGGCACGGGCCUGAAAGGCAAGCUCAAGAUGCCCAAGUUUGACAAGCCCAAAUUCACAGUGUCCUCCCCCAAGGCCGAGGCGCCCACAGCCGAGGUCAGCCUGCCCAGCGCAGAGCUCGACCUCCCCUCCGCCUCCGUGACGGCUGCAGGGGAGGGCACCGGCGUGAAGCUGGAGAAGCCCUCCCUCAAGAUGCCCAAAGCCGACAUCAAAGCUCCCAAGGUGGACAUCAGCCUGCCCUCCGUCGACGUCACCCUUCCGCAGGCCAGCGUCGACCUGCAGGCGCCCGAGGCCACUCUUAGCCUUGAGGGAGAUGCCAAAGUCCCAGAGAAGGAGGCCGCCAAGACCAAGGACGGCAAGUUCAAGAUGCCCAAGUUCGGCAUGCCUUCCUUUGGCUGGUCCAGCAGCAGAGAGCCCAAGGGCACCGUGGCCGCCGAGGUGGACGUCAGCCUCCAGAAGCCUGAAGUUACACUGCCUUCCAGAGCCGCCGAAGUGGAGGUGACCCUGCCCGCGGCCGAUAUCCAAGCGCCCGGAGUGGAGGUGACCGUGGAGACGCCCACGGUAACAGCAGAGGGUGAGAAAGGCCGAUUCAAGAUGCCCGACGUCAAGAUGCCCAGCGUCAAGCUGCCCAAAGUCAAAGCUCCCCAGGCGCAGGUCAGCCUGCCCAAGGCCGAGGUCUCGCUGCCCAAGGGCCAGGAGGGCGAAGUCGCCCUGCAGGGCCCCGAGGCCGAAGCCAGCCUGGAGGUGGCCGCUGGCAAAGCUGAGGGCGGCGGCAUGAAAAUACACAUGCCCAAAGUCAAGGUGCCCAGCGUGGUCUUCUCCAAGCCUACCGUCAAGACUCCCAAACUGGAUGCAGACGUCAGCCUCCCGCAGGCGGAGCCCAAGGCCGCCGAUGCCGACAUCACUGUCACGGCCCCUGACGUCAAGCUGCCCUCGGUCGAAGGCUCCCUCGAGCUGCAGGCGCCCGACGUAGACCUCAAAGUGCCCUCCGCCGAAGGCAAGCUGGAGCUGGAAGGCACGGGCCUGAAAGGCAAGCUCAAGAUGCCCAAGUUUGACAAGCCCAAAUUCACAGUGUCCUCCCCCAAGGCCGAGGCGCCCACAGCCGAGGUCAGCCUGCCCAGCGCAGAGCUCGACCUCCCCUCCGCCUCCGUGACGGCUGCAGGGGAGGGCACCGGCGUGAAGCUGGAGAAGCCCUCCCUCAAGAUGCCCAAAGCCGACAUCAAAGCUCCCAAGGUGGACAUCAGCCUGCCCUCCGUCGACGUCACCCUUCCGCAGGCCAGCGUCGACCUGCAGGCGCCCGAGGCCACUCUUAGCCUUGAGGGAGAUGCCAAAGUCCCAGAGAAGGAGGCCGCCAAGACCAAGGACGGCAAGUUCAAGAUGCCCAAGUUCGGCAUGCCUUCCUUUGGCUGGUCCAGCAGCAGAGAGCCCAAGGGCACCGUGGCCGCCGAAGUCGACGUCAGCCUCCAGAAGCCUGAAGUUACACUGCCUUCCGGAGCAGCCGAAGUGGAGGUGACCCUGCCCGCGGCCGAUAUCCAAGCGCCCAGUUUUGAUAUUCCUCUAGAUUCUUCUGCUCAUAAAGAGGAGGAAUUUGGUAAAUCUAAAAGUUCUAAACUCUUUGUUAUUCUUUAA